AACGGGCUGGGAUGCAUUAGAGCGCGCUGGACUGUGGGCAGGGUUUUUCUAAGACAAACAUCCCAAAGAAAAAGCAAAACUCGUGUAACAGCUGUGACAUUUAAUGCCUUUUAGUGAUUUUAUAAAGAUGCUGGUACUUUUACUCUUAAGGGCUCGGCAGCACAUACAAGCAUAACCCCAGCAGAGUCGCGCGUAAAAGUCGUUUUUCCUUUGGAGACCAUGCGCAGCUUCUCAAAGCUGUGCGUCCCCGGAGAGGAGCCACAAACUUUUUCAGCAAGAGUUGGAGAUGCGGCCCCGAACGGGACUCUGCUGGUCGGACCCUCUCUGUUCCCAGCUAUCGCCGUGUCCUCCAGAGGAUCAGAGCCAUGUCUGGAUGCCAUCGCGGAGCCAAGUAUCCACACGUCGCCACUAGAGCAGUCUGCGAUAUUUUGUCGGCCUCCCGAAAUUCUGGACAACGAGGAAGCCGUAGAGGAUGACCCCAAAGUUUAUUUAGAAGCCAGCGACCUUUGGAGACAGUUCCACAAAUGCGGCACAGAAAUGGUCAUCACCAAAUCCGGGAGGCGCAUGUUUCCUCCACUCAAGGCCAGGUGCACCGGGAUGGACAGAAAAGCCAAAUAUAUUCUCCUGUUGGACAUCGUAGCUGCUGAUGACUGCAGAUAUAAAUUCCAUAACUCGCGUUGGAUGGUGGCGGGGAAGGCGGACCCGGAGAUGCCCAAACGCAUGUACAUCCACCCGGACAGUCCGGCCACGGGCGAGCAGUGGAUGUCCAAAGUGGUCAACUUCCACAAACUCAAACUCACCAACAACAUAUCUGACAAACACGGAUUUACAAUCUUAAACUCGAUGCACAAAUACCAACCCAGGUUUCACAUAGUGAAGGCCAAUGACAUCCUGAAGCUGCCUUACAGCACCUUUAGGACCUAUGUGUUCUCUGAGACGGAGUUUAUCGCAGUAACAGCUUACCAAAACGACAAGAUCACACAACUGAAAAUAGACAACAAUCCUUUCGCCAAAGGAUUCCGAGACACAGGAAACGGGAGAAGAGAAAAGAGGCAACUACAGCAUUCAUUGCCGAGGCCUAAACAGAUGAGGAUGACAGAUGUGAAACCUCAACCUGUAAAAGACUCGUCUCCACAAUAUUCAGACAAUUCCAAGUCUUCAGAUGCCCAUGAAAGCGACAGUGACAAAGAGGAGCAUGUUGAGGAGAACGUUGGACAAGAGGAGCAGAAGUCUCCCCAUGAAAGAGAAACGGAGCCCCAGGUUCUCGUCACAGAGAGGAUGGAGCCCGAACAAAACCCCGCCGUCAGUAAAACAGCUGACGGCGCUGGAUGCUGCCCGACACGACACUCUGACGAGGAACAACUCCGCAAACUACACGGCAGUUUUGCACACGGCUGUGUUUGUUCUCCGGAAAAAAACAGACAUCUGCAGGAUCCCAGGAGCUCCAACAGUGUUUUCCAGUCUGCUCAGCUGAACUCCUGGUACAGCCUGGACAGAGCAAUGACGUUGGCAGCGCCGGCCAGGACUCCAUUUCCCAUCAGCCUCCAACAGCACGCGCUGGUACAGGUACACAACAGGACAGGAAACACUUUGUAG